AGUCUCAUCCUUCGGAGCGGUGGAUGUUGUUUACAUUCACAAAAAAUUGAGGUAUGUUCCAUGUGCUGUGUAAGACUGCUGCUCGAACUGCCAGCUGACUUUAAUUUAAAAUCACAAUUCAGACAAGCUCCAAAAGCUGAGGACAGUUUUGCUGUCAGAGGAAUAACACUUUUCCCAAAGCAGGCAUUUCUUGAAUUACCUACUAAUUUCUUUUUGUAUUGUGCCCGUCGAUACUCUUCUUAGAUUGAAUGAACUACAUGUGAUUGAGAGCGUUGCGAGGAGAGAGAACUGCAACUGCUUUUAGAGGUGCAAGAUUUCGAUGGCCUGAAGUUCAAUGAGUAACACAACUGAGAAAAUGCAUCAGUACACCGUGGUAAUGCCGGAAAUCGUACAAGAACCAUGCGACUAUCCAAAAGGCAUGCACAGUCUGUUAAUGCUGUUACAGCUGAUUUUAGGAGCAGUCACUAUUGGCUUAGUAGCUGACAUGGGGAGUUACCAAGCUCAAGCAGUUCUGGCAGAAAAUGAGUUUACGGUGGCGGCAUUCAUCUCUUUCGGCGAGUCGACAGCUCUUAUGAUGAUUGCAUAUGGAUGCCUCAUGACUACCUUCCUAUUACUCGUAUCCUCUAUCUUGUCCUCGAGAAGUUUUUAUCACGUGCCGAAAUCGUUGUUCUUUGUUUUGUAUCACUUGAUCUCAGCAUCCCUUUAUCUGUCAUCUGGUCUUUCAGUUGUUAUUCUUGGUUAUCAAAGAAGAUACGAAAAAUACUACAUAACUGCCGGAGCUGUGGGUAUUGUGAACGCUAUCCUGUACGUCUUCAGCACGUGCCUUGGUCUUCGUGCUUUACAAUCCCUUAAGUAAAUCUCAGUCCGAGAAACACUUCUGGUCCAGAAACUGCAUAUACUUAUAGUAUUGAGUCUUCAAAGAGUCACAGAGAGCUGCCAAACCAAAAAUGUGUAUCCGAGAGGCGCAACAAUUAUAUCUACUUCAAUAUUAUGGGAGGUAGAAGAGAUGCUGUAGUCACGUGUAUGCUUCUAAACAAUUAUGUCACUCCAACUUAACGAAGUUAUGUAACUUGUUAGAGAGAAUUGUGUCUGUGUUAUAUGUGUUAAGUUUAGAGUUUCCUCGCUUCUGUUUAUGAGAAUAUGUUGUCAUUUUAAAAUAUUUAUGUGUUACGACAGUGAAUCUCAACCUUUCAUUUCGUACUGAAUCGUUGAUGCAAUUUUUAUUUGUGAAUGAUAUUAUAUAUUAGGUAACACUGUUUUCAUACGUUUUAGAGUUUUUAAGUUAGAUUUUUACCUUUCGAUUUCUAAUUCGUAUUAAUAACUUAAAAUGAAUCUUUUGUAACUUUUAACCAUUUAUUUAUUAUUGGAAAAAAACACUUAUUUUAUAGUAUUUUUCCACGAUGAUCACUAUUUCAUAAUGAUUAAAUUAAAAAUUAUUAUUUUAUAGUGAUUUUUAAUUUAAUUGCCGUAAUUAAUUUAAUUUAAUCACUAUAAUAAAUUAAAAAUCACUGUUGUAAUCAUUUUUGUCUCCAUUAGGAUAAAAAGUGCAUGGACCAAAAAUUUAAUAAAUUCCUAAGCACUGAAAUUUGUGUUAGGCAAUCAUAAUUUUUGCAUUAUCCGAGUGAUUUGUGCUACAAUUUUGCAGUCAAGUUGAGAAUCAUUUUUGUAUCAUAAUUUUCUUAUAGUUAUAUUUUGUUUCUAAUUGCUAUAUAUAUAUAUUAUAAAUGUAUGUAUUUGUAUGUUCUAUCUUUCAUUCAAUUUUUGAAAUUUUUUUACAUUGUAUAUUGAUUUAUUCGUUGUAUUUGAUUUUUUUGUACCCAGAAAGAAUGCAUGACACCGUCUAGUGCUGUAACUAAAACAUGCAAUUGUUUGAAGUGUAUGAUUACUGAUAGCUUCAACAACAGAUUAGCGAUAAGGAAACAUUUGGUGAUGAGGAAACACGGAAAGCGUUUUCAAUGUAAAAUCACUUUAAUGUUCUCAUCAAAGACGUCUGUUAUUAAAAACUGUUUUUCUUUUGUGUAACAGCUGUCGAAUUAUAUUAGAAAUAAAGUAUGUUCUAGUUUUAAA